GGUCCACAGGUUCAAUUCCCCACCGGCUCUAGGUCCUACAUCUACCUGAGCUGGACUCGUUGGAUCCUCCCUCUGUCUGCUUGAGCUACACCGCCCCUAAUCCCGCACCCAUUCACGUAGGUUUAUUUUUCUCUUUCAGGUCACGGACGGCUCAGUAAGUGAAAAGGAUGCAAGAGACGGAGAGUUGAGGCAGACAGUGCAAAGCGGUUCUCCCAAGAAGCGUGUGUCAGCGUGAGUACGCGUGAACUGCGGACGAAGGAUUUAGGGACAUUUAUGGUUAAGGGAGGUGAAUGAAAUCGGGCCUCUCCUCAGUAUCCAGAGAAAGCUGGGCUCCCCCCAUCGUUCUUCAGGCUGCGUGUAUCAGGUGUCCAGAUUGCACAGAACAGGAUCUGCACUUUCUACACUGUGAAUGAGGGGAAGUGAUGUCUCAAGAAAAUAACUGUUGCAGAGUUUGCAGCAGGGGCUUGUAUAGCUGCCGCUGGAGGGGCUCCAGUAAAAGUGAGAGAAAACAAACAUGCUGCUGGUUCUCAGUCGUCACUCUGGUCUCCCUGCUUUCUCUCUGCUGGCUGUACAUUUGUCUGGUUACUUUUAACGACCGAGAGGAUGUGAACUGGCAGGGAUUCACAAAACUGAAACGAUGGGUGAACUGGUUCAUGGUGGUGAUCAUCGUCUCUGCAGUGUUAACCAGCUACUGCAUCCUGCUAUUGCUUUUUGCACUGCUCCAAGUUGCCUUAGGAGAACAACUCGACUUACACUGGCUGCACAAGAUCUUCCUGUUUUUCGGUGUGACGUUCAUUGCUUUCGGGGUCACAGGAAUUAGCCUCCAGUGGCCACAAGAAUGGCCAACUGUUCCUCUUUCACUCCAGGCCACAGCGCCUUUCCUGCAGUUUGGCAUCGUUGGAGCCUUGACGCUGCUGAGUCCGUUUGUCUUCCAGGGCUUCCACACCGCCAAAAAUGUGUCUAAGGUCCUUAUCGCUGUGGCCUUUGUAGCGGUUUCAGCAGCCAUCUUCCUGUGUCCCCUGUUCAUCCAGUCCCCUUGUCUGAUAGAGUUGAAUGAAUUACCGGAAAAACCAAAGCUCUUUGGCCACAGAGGCGCACCGAUGCUGGCUCCAGAGAACACCAUGAUGUCAUUCAACAGGAGCAUCGCGUGCGGCGUGAAAGCCUUUGAGACGGAUGUACAGCUCAGUAAAGACAGAGUUCCCUUCUUGAUGCACGACAAUGUGUCUGAGUUUUUGUCGAGAACGACAAAUGUUAAAGAAAAGUUUCCCGACAAACGCUUCACCUACAGCGCCAACCUCACCUGGGAGGAGUUACAGAGUCUGAAUGCAGGUGAAUGGUUCCUAAAGACAGAUCCUUUCCGUUCAGUGUCCCAGCUCUCAGAGGAGGAGAAGAAAACGGCUAGAAAUCAGACUAUACCCUCCUUACUUCAGCUCCUCAACCUCGCCAAGCAGCACAACAUCUCAGUCAUAUUUGACCUAUAUAGUCCCGACCAGGAAAGUGACACAAACGACACAGUCAGCACCAUCUUGCGUUCUGGCAUUGACCCAAGUCUGAUCCUCUGGCUUCCUCCAGCAGAAAGAGAAAGUGUAAACUUGACUGCUCCAGGUUUCAUCCAGGUCUAUAACAAUGAGGAGGAAAUGAUUAAGAAAGGAGGAGACCACCUGAAUGUGAAAUACAACAAGAUGAGUACAGAAAAAAUCAGAAACCUACGCAGUAAGAAUAUUACAGUUAACCUGUGGGUGGUUAAUGAGCGUUGGCUGUUUUCUCUGCUGUGGUGUGCAGGGGCCAGCUCUGUUACCACCAACUCCUGCCACCUGCUAAAAGACAUGGACAGCCCUGACUGGAUCAUGGGACAAAAUAAAUACAUAUUAAUAUGGAUUGCAGUGGACGUUUUAUCUUUUCUUAUAAUGGCCGCGCUCUACAUCUUUCAGAGUUUGUGUCACAAAGGAGGAACAGAGAGGCAAAGAAACAAUACUUCAGCCUGGAACGAGAAAGAACUGUCUCCCUUCUUACCCACUGGGUAGGUUGACUGAGUCCAGCUGCAGAUGUUUCAGCCCCAAAACGACAUACAUCCUUGUUUGCACUACAAGAAUGCUUUGGACUUGAACCAGGAAGAAAGCAAGUCAAUGUGAAUUUCCAUGCACUGUAUUGCAAAGCCAUGAAAGUUGUUUUUUUAACAGAAAUUUGAAGAUGUGAAUCAAAUUUUGGCAAUAUACCACUAAAUGGCUGUUUUAGUGUUUUGUUUCCGUUUAAGUCUGCUAACUGGGUUUAUCGUUCACAGGGUUUUGGUCUUUGUUCUGUUGCUACUGAAAAUAUGAAGCUUUUCUCUGAUUGUAUCAUUGCAAUCUGCAAUGUAGAUCUUUGUUGUCACUGUUUUUUUUCUGUUGUUGCUGUUUCGAUUUGUUUCAGAACUCUUUUAUGACGUCACUGCUGCAGGAAAGAUGUGCCUUGUAUAUUUAACCCUCUACUGUAUGAACUACCGGUACAUUUUGUUUGUUUGUUUUGUUUGGGAAGAUCGGAGACCCAGGCUUACUCCAUAUCAUUCAGGUCUACGUAAGUUGAUUAUUGGCAAUUAUGUUAGGAUGUAUGUUAUGUUAUGAAAUUUUAACUACUAAAAUGCAAUAUCAACUAUGUGGGACUCUCUUCCCUCAAUCUUGGAACCCUGGUCUAGAGGAGGGAUCCUGUGUUAAAUUCUCCUUUUAGGACCUACAUUGUUUGAGUGUUUACUGUGCUCCUUUGUUUUAAAGUUGUGUUUUAUUAAAGUGCUUCCAUUUUUCUAUAUUUCUACGUAAUUACCACACAGAAAACUAGGACAGAAAGUACUGUAAUUAGUCUUAUUUUUAUUAUCAGUGGGUCUGACAAUUAUUUUCUUUAGUAAUCGAUUUGAUUGUUUUAUGCAGUGGUUCUCUAAGUGGGGUCUGGUGACCCCCAGAUGUCCCCCCAGGGGGCUACUGGGGGUUCUCAACAAAAAGGAGAAUCAUUUAUUUCACUAUAGCCUAUAUUUCCAUCCAUAUAACACAAUGAUGGAAUGUAUGAAUUUGGUCAUGGGUUUCAAGCACUUUCUGUAAUAAAACAUCUAAAAGCAAAAAUCUUA